UGGACGCAGCACGGCCUAUUCUUAGUACGGUGAAGGCGAAGCAAUGCCUCCUUGGCGAAUGACACGCAGCCACUCCUCCUUUGCCUGCAGUACGGGACAGACCAGUUACACUGCUGCUAAUAAUACUGAACACAACAAAAGCAGUGGCAAACAUAAACACUGCACAGGGUGCAUACAUACAUACAUUCAGGGGCUGGGACAAACUGACUGCAAACCACCUGAAUUUCAACACGCUCCAGCGCAGAAGCAAGUUGGAAAGCGAGACAGAUCUGAAGACAUCUCCCACCAGCUGGACAUGGGGUAAAACAAAUCUAAGCAACUUGUCAACAUUUUCCAUGUUCCAUAUACAUAUAUGGUUGCAGAAGGACGCCACGUUUUUUUAAGCUCAAUGUGCUAAUGCUAUUAUGGUACACGAGCAACUUGCGUGCUUAAAUAUCGGUGAAAAGUAAACCUUCCUCUGUUGCCUUUUGCGGAAACCAUCAGCUAAUAGGCUUUUCAGAGCGGAACAACUAACAGUAUUUGCAACCAGCACAGACGCAUGCACUGCCAUGGUUGUGCACUGUUUAUAAUUGCACCAGGAGCACAUGUAUUGCCAUAUGAAUGCGACGUAAUAACUUUAGGGAAGAGAACAACUUUGCAAUUAAAUGUGUAAAAUCGUGCAGCUUUCUGCAAAAAACAUUGACAAGCUAAACAAUUGUAGCACAAUAUUGAUAACAAAAUACACAUUUGUAACAUUGUCAAUUUGGCCUUGAAAUAAAGAGAUGGAGGAAAACACUGUGCAGCAGCCGCAGGGUGACAAAGCCAGCAAUCCCUUCAAGACAGAGAAGAGGUUUAAACUGUGGUACAUGGGCUGGUCCGCACUGGACAGGAGGACAACACUACCCAUGUUGCCCUGGCUCGUGGCAGAGAUACGCAGGAAAAGUGAAAAGAACGAACUAGGUUCUGCUCAAGCCAGGGAGGUUCAACUUGUUCUCACGCCGCCUCUGAUCCGAUGUGUCCCUGCAAAUAACAACAACGCCUCCGUGUUUAUAUUCGAGCACAAGGCACAUCACGUCUCCAGAUUCCUUCACAACAGCCAUGAUCUCACCUACUUUGCCUACCUUAUCAGAAGCCAGCCUGAUAAUCCCGAAUCUGAGAUGGCGUGCCAUGUUUUCAAGGCGUGUGACCCAAACCAGGUUCCUGAUGUCAUCAGCAGUAUCCGGCAGGUGUCAAAAGCGGCCCUUAAAGAAAAUACAAAGACAAAGCAGGAGGGCGAGGAUGCCUUUUACAACUCUCAGAAAUUUGAGAUGCUGUACUGUGGGAAGGUGACCGUUGCCAACAAGAAGGCCCCCUCCACCCUAAUCGAUGAGUGCAUUGAGAAGUUCAAACAGCACGAGGUGGACCGGCAGCGUUUGAAGCUGCUGAACGAGCAGCGGGGAUCGGCAGACUCGCACGUAGAAUUCACACUUGGGGACGGGGAUCCCCUCACUGACCUCCUCAAGAGCACCUUUGAGACGUCCGCGGGUGGCGGCAGCGCCUCUGGCCUGAGGUCAGAGGGUGUCAAUAGCGCCUCUGACCUGAGGUCAGAGGGUGGUGACGGCGCCUCUGGCCUGUUUUCAGUCAGCACCAGCCAGGCCAGUCUUUGGGGCUCUCGCAGUGCCUUGCCAGAGUGCAUUCUGGAAGAUUCAGACUUCGAUGAUCAGCAAGAGUUCCGCAGCAGGUGCAACAGCGUGGCAGCUGUAAUGCAGAAGAAAGUGUCUGACAGCACUUCAAAGGGGCCAGUCCGCAGGCGGCACGCCAGCGCUCCAAGCCAUGUGCAGCCCUCGGAUGCAGAGAAGAACAGAACCAUGCUCUUUCAGGUUGGACGAUUUGAAGUGAACCUCAUUAGUCCAGACACCAAAACGGUUGUGCUUGAAAAGAAUUUUAAAGAUAUUUCGUCAUGUUCUCAGGGAAUACAACAUAUUGAUCAUUUUGGGUUCAUCUGCCGGGAAGCUGUUGAAUCUGGGCCAUGCCAGUAUGUGUGCUACGUGUUCCAGUGUGCAAGCGAUGCUUUGGUGGAUGAAGUGAUGCUGACUCUAAAACAAGCCUUUAGUACCGCUGCUGCUCUUCAGAACGCAAAGACUCAAAUUAAACUGUGUGAGGCCUGCCCAAUGCAUGACUUACAUAAACUCUGUGAGAGGAUCGAAGGGCUUUACCCACCUAGAGCUAAGCUUGUGAUACAGAGACAGCUCUCCCUUUUGACUGACAAUGAACAAGCUGACAUUUUUGAACGUGCUCAGAAAAUGAAGCCUGGCAGUGAUCAAGAAGAGAAUGAGCUGGUAAUUCUCCAUCUGCGGCAGAUGUGUGAAGCCAAGCAGAAAACACACCUUCACAUUGGAGAAGCUCCUGUGAAUGCACAGAACAAUCCGAUUCCUGAACAUCCAGCGAGCAGUGGCAAGUUUAAACUGGAUAUUCUGAAAAGUAAGGCCAAGAAGUCUUUGACAAGCUCCCUGGAAAACAUCUUCUCCAGGGGAGCCAACAAAAUGCGAGGUCGUCUCGGAAGCAUAGACAGCUUUGAACGAUGCAAUAGCCUACCAUCUGACAAGGACGGUUCUCCGUGUGACUCUCCUCCCCCCACUCCACCUGCCUCUCCCGUGUCUUCGCUGGGGCAACCCUUCUCGGAGGAAGACCCAGACUCUCCACAGUUCCGGAGGCGUGCUCACACCUUCAGUCACCCACCUUCACUCAAGAAAAAGAUCUCCUUCACAGACUCCAAGUCUCACAACACCAAAUCUCCAGUAUUCAGACAACUUUCCGUGGCUCCUGAACUUUUGCAGAGCAGCCCCGUUGACAUUUCAAGACGCACUUGCAGUGUAUCUGAGAGCGAAACCUCCUCCUUCAGCCUCCCCUCCUCCUUCUCCGCUCCCUCUUUCCUGAAAAACUUUUACCAAGGCUCUGGCUGGCAAGCCACGCAGGCCGACACUGGGACCCCCACGAGUAAUGGUGAAGGGAGGAAAAGGACCUUCUCUGGCUGCAGUAGUGACUCUCUGAACAUCGGGGGUGCCCCUCUGACUCCUCGACGAGUCUCCUGGCGCCAGAAGAUAUUCCUGAGGGUUGCUUCGCCCAUGAACAAAUCUCCUGCUGCCAUGCAUCGGAAAGACCAGCUGGACGUCAAUGAGCUCCUGCCCCUGUCUCCGCUGGCCCCUGCUCUGGAGGAGGACCCACUCGUCUCCUUAUUGCAGCCGGACAGUGUUUGUGAUGGGGAGAGGAGGAAGCGCGUCCCCGAAGAGCUGCACACUCUGUGGAGGAAAGCCAUACACCAGCAGAUUCUGCUGCUUCGAAUGGAGAAAGAGAACCAGAGGCUCGAAGCAAGCAAGGAUGAGCUUCAAACACGAAAAAUGAAACUGGAUUAUCAAGAGGUGGGAGAAUGUCCAAAGGAAGUUUUAGCAAUGUGGGACAAAAAGCUAACCAUUCCAGGACGAGUGAAGGCUAAAUGUGACAUGGAGGAGAUCCAGUGUGCCCUCAGUCAGGGUGUACCAAAGAAUCGCAGAGGGGAUAUCUGGCAGUUCCUGGCUGUCCAGUAUCGCCUGAGACACCGUCUGUCAUGUAAACAGCAACCUCUGGACAUAUCCUACAAAGAACUUUUAAAGCAGCUUACCACACAGCAGCACGCCAUCCUGGUAGAUCUUGGGCGGACUUUCCCCACUCACCAGUACUUCUCUGCACAGCUGGGGGCUGGCCAACUCUCCCUCUUCAAUCUGCUGAAAGCCUAUUCUCUAUUGGACAAGGAGGUGGGCUACUGUCAAGGGAUCAGCUUCGUGGCGGGAGUCCUGCUUCUGCAUAUGAGCGAGGAGCAGGCUUUCCAAAUGCUCAAAUUCAUGAUGUACGAUCUGGGCGUCCGUAAACAGUAUAGACCAGACAUGAUUUCCCUCCAGAUUCAGAUGUACCAGCUAUCAAGACUCCUCCAUGACUACCACAGGGAUCUCUACAAUCACUUGGAGGAGAAUGAAAUCAGCCCGAGCCUGUAUGCUGCCCCCUGGUUUCUCACUCUCCUUGCCUCCCAGUUUCCACUCAGCUUUGUGGCCAGAGUGUUUGAUAUACUGUUUCUUCAAGGAAUGGAUGUCAUAUUUAAAGUAGCGCUUAGCCUGCUCAGCAGCCAUGAAGCCCGUAUAAUGGAGUGUGACAGCUUUGAAUCUAUUGUGGACUUCCUUAAGAGCACUAUCCCAAAUCUGACAAUUGCGCAAAUGGAAGAGACCAUUGCCCAGGUGUUUGAGAUGGACAUUUCCAAACAGCUCCAUGCCUAUGAGGUUGAGUACCAUGUGCUACAGGAUGAGAUGCUGGAAGCCUCUGUGCCCAGUGACGAUGCGGACCGACUGGAUAAACUGGAGCGGACAAACAACCAGCUCAAGAGGCAGAACAUGGAUCUGCUGGAGAAACUACAGGCGGCCCGCAUUAAAAUCCAGAACCUGGAGGUUAACCUGGAGAACAUCGUCACCCGGGAGAGUAAAAUGAAGCGCCUAAUCCGCUCACUGGAGCAGGAGAAGAUAACCAAUCAAAAGACUAUAGAACGCAUGCAAAACCUGUGGCCACCAGAAGCACUGUCUGAUAUUGAACUGACAGAGUUAAGCCCAAACAGCAAACCAAAAUCAGGAAACAAAAAGCCAUGACAAGUGCAAAUCAGAAGAGUCGCAUGCAGCAUAGCAUUCACAGCUAAGGAAGAUACACAGCAAAAAAAUAAAAUGGCAUGCUCACAAAGGCCUCAACAGCUGGGGCCCAUGACACAUUGUUAUCCAAGGGUCAUGGGUCAGUAAAAGCAUGCAGGCCUCUGUGACGGCAGUAUGCAAAUCAAAGGCUAUGUGGUAGCCUUUCUUGCAUAUAGCUUUUAAUAUAAAAUGGAAACAUAUUUCUUUUCUUUGGUGUUGUAUAAUGAGUAGGUGUUGUGAAGUGAAACAGGCUUUCAUUGCCAUACAAUACACUUUUACAUAGUGUGUUUUAAAUUUGUGGUGGUGGUGCCUAGUACUACAUCUUAAGGUGAUAUUAAGAGAAACAUCUGAUUUUCUGUGUAACCACUUUCAUAUACUGUGUCGCAAAAAAAAAAAAAAAGGAUUUUGUCUUUGUAAAGAUAUGUGUUGAAAAUACUUGAAAAUAAGUUGAAUGUAUUUUCUUUCCAAAGAAUUGCAUGUGUCAAGUGAAAAAGAAAAUGUGUACUGUAUGUAGAAUCAUAUUAGCCUACCACAAAGCUUACUGUUAAACACACUGAAUAUUUAAGCUCUGUAGCUUUUUGUCAUAACAGGGCUCUUGCAAGAAAAGAGCAAUUACUUCUGUUUGUGAGCUUCAUGCUAACCAAAAAUGUUCUUGUAUCCACAGAAUGCAAGUUGGUAGAUUCUGUCUAGCAGUUGGAUUUCUAUAGGAUACCCUGUAGUCCAAGAGUGACUUUUACAAGGUUCAGAAUUAGUCAGCCGGUGCUGUAAACAUUUUCUUAACCAGUUACUUUAAGAAGAGUACAAUUAACUUUCUGUUGUAAUGUUAUACUGUACAGUAUACCAGUGCAGGACUGAAGCAGUGUAUACAUUGCUAUAGAGUUGCAAUACACCAAGGAAGUGUAUAAUACUUUUGUUUUUUGUUUUUUUGGCAGCACUAGAUGUUUUAAUUAUUCUUUUUAAAUGCACCUAGGGAAAGAGUUUAACAUCUCAAACUCUAAAGGCUUUUUUUAAUAACUGUUUUGUAUACAGUAGUUCUUUUUCUGUUUCAAGAGCAUAGAAGCUCCCAUUCAUUGUCAGUAGUUACUGUAUACUUUAGACACGUACUGUCUUUUUGACGAGACAAUUGGUGGGCAAAUUGUUCAUCUAAAGUGCCAUAUCCAACAUCAGCCAAUAUCAUGUGUGAGUGUACAAGAAGUGAUUGUUAUUGAUCCCUAUGCAAUGUAAUCCUUUAAAACUUGAAGAAAAGGAAUACACAAAGGUUAAAGGAUAAUAGAUUUGCUUAUCUGAUUUUGCUGCCAGUAUUUUGAGCUUAGUUCAUAGCUAGUCUCAAUUUUACCAUUGAUUUUAUCUUUUUUGCGCAGUAAAAUUGUAACAACAAUCACAGUAGAACAAUAGCUAUUUGUCAGGUGCAGGUUUUACAGUACAGGGGUUUUAGAAAUCGCACAGUGUUGAAACCAUAUCCUUGCACUAUAUAAUAAAAUAACUCCAAUAAAAAAAUUAAAAUAAAAAAAACGAUUUUACAUUUGCUUCAGUCUCUUAACUUUUCGGUAAAAAGUUAACUGCCCGUUUUUUAAGAUUUUUUUUUUUUGACAAACACAGCCUUUUCAACCACCAAAUCCCUCAUUUCAACUUGUAGAGAAAAGGUUACACACUUCAACUAUGGAAAAUGUGAUCUUGCAUCUAAAGUAAAGGCAGAUAUUUUCAAAACACUCCCCACACAUCCUUCAAAGUAAAUGCCUUGAUGCAUUGAAAUACAAUCUGCAACAUGUAUUUUUGAUUUCCGUUUGAAUUCUUAUAAGCCCAUGGUCUCAUUGCUGCCUUUGGGUUUGCUGUCAGGAUGCAGAGAAAGCAGGAUAUAAACAAAGACAGUGUCUCCGAGUUCAAGAGCUGCUGUGCACUGAAGGGGAAGGGAAUAAACCAGUAAACGCCACUUCAUCUGAUAAGAAUGUGUUUUAUUCUACAUGGCUUGUGUCUCGCCACAUUGCUCCCUCAGCACUUGUGGUGUCCAGUGUCUAAGCUAACAUUGCUGUAGCAAAGAAACAGGAUAAGUGAAGGGUGGAUAGGGAAAUGAUUGUAUUUAGAGUGAUACAGAGCUAUACAUGUCUUAUUGUUUAACAUUGUAAGUCAAUGUAUGUUAUAGCUGCAUGUUUUCUUAUAAGUGCUGUUGCUAAGUAAGAUACCAUGUGCAAUCCUCUCCUAGUCAUUAUUUAGUGCAACCUGGCCUUGUUAAAUUAAGUAUCAAUACCAUUUAUCAUUGCAUCACCGCUGCCCGUACUGAAUUCUGCCCCACCCAUCUCCUCUUGAUACUGUAUCUAUGCAAGUAAAAGCCUUACCGAGAUGCAUCUGACUUUUGUGGCUUCAAAGCACAAGCUAUUUUAAUGCAGUUUUUUGUAAUCAAUAUAUAAAUGUCUAAGGCUCUUUA